CCAGAGGAAAAUCAGACGACUGGCACCUGUCGAAAUGGUGUGUACGUUUUCCUUGCCGUAACCGUAACGAUAAAAGAUGAUUUGCUGAAAAACAAAACCUCCCAAGGAUUCCUUUGACAUAAUGGCUUCAAAGAAAAGAAAUUUGCCUUUGUGGAUGAAACUUUGUGAAUCAGAAAAAUUUAAGGAAGAAAAUAUGGAGUCUUCCCCCAAAAAGUCAAGAGAAACUCGUAUUGAGGAAGCGGGAGCAACCUUCAAUCAAAUUCUGAAUGAUUCAAUGAAAGAGAUGUCCUUUAGUGGGUCAUUAGUGUACUCCCACCAUAAAUCUGACUGCAAUCUUCUGUGUGAGGAGAUAGAAAUGGCCCUAUGUGAUAAGGUUGGGGCCUUUAUCGGGUUUGAUAUGGAGUGGCCUGUGACGUAUCGCCCUGGAAGUCAAGCUAAGACCGCUGUGAUACAGCUGUGUACGGCGGCUAAUGUCUGUUAUGUCUUCCACUUGUCCUGUAUCGGAGGACUUCCUGUUGGCCUUCGACAACUCCUCUUAAGUCCAAACGUUUACAAGGUUGGAGUGGGAAUUCAGUCCGAUAUGUGGAAGCUGGAGCGAGAUUUUGGUAUUUCUGUUGGACCUAUUUUGAAGUCCAGUGUUGUAGAUUUAAGUGAUUAUGCUAAUCAGGCACUUAAGUCUAGAGAAACAUGGAGUUUAGAUGGACUUGUUAGACAUUUGUUUGGAGAAAAAAUCAACAAAAAUCCUUCUCUACGCAAAAGUGACUGGUCAGAGUUUCCUUUGUCAGAUUUACAACAGAAAUAUGCAGCCACAGAUGCUUAUGUUUCAUACCUUAUCUAUGACAAGUUGAACAAAAUGAUGAAUAAUGUCACAUCAAAAACAUAAUAUGAAUUAACAUGAUAUAAUUUGUUUUGUUGAAUGGAAGCUGGUGGUAGUUAUAAAGAGUUUUACUUUAAUCAGUACUCAUUUGCCUGUCAAAAAUACAUAAGUACAUUGUACUCCAUCUUAAGAGUUUUUAAUGUUAAUGAGUCAUUUUUGAUACACCCUAACUAUCUAUUUACGCAAGCUAGGGCAAAUACAUGAUUGUAUUAAAGACAUAUCUCAGGAUCUUCAAACUACCCGAUACAGUGGUAACAACAAGAUAUUUUACAUGUGAUAUAAUAUUAUAAAUAAAUUUUAUACAAGAACUUAUUUAUUUUUGUGUGAAAUAUUGUUAAAUGUGAAAUUAAUUAAUGCACCUUUCUGUACAUGUUUAACUUUUACUGAUAUGCUUUAUAUUAAUUUCAUGUUUUAUUCAUACAAAACUUACUUUGCUU